AUGGAAUCGGUGGCGGGUAGAGAACUGUUGGGUCAGCAUUUGCCCAUUCAUGGUCGUGGUUUGCAGCUUGUGAAGGCAAUUCUUGUCCAACUUGGUUACAAGGCCACGAAACUUUGGAAAACAUGGUUUGCCACAGCUGUUGCUGUUAUUUGCGCAACGCAACUUGGAAGAUGGAGAAGGAAAUCAGAUAGCUCUCCUCCACAAUUUCGGAUCGAAUCGUGCCGUCGAAAACGCUUUACCGACCUCUUGCAAACUGCUGGGCGCUUUGCAGCAGGAUCGGAGAUAGUUGUGCUAUUUGUGGCGUCUGGUUUGAAUGCUUGGCUUAUGCUGUACAAGGCAUGGUUAAUGCGAGAAUUCGUGACUGGUCAGAACUUGGGUCGCUGGAAGGAGUGGUUCAAAGCAUUGGCCAAGUUUCCUUUCGCAAUUCUGGCCAGUGCUUUGCUGUCUCAGACAACAAAGUACGUGCAGGCAAGGGUUUCCAUGCUGUGGCGAAAAACGGCAACGAGCAGCCUCUUGCGGAGCUACUUUUCGAACAUGAACUACUACAAAUUGCUACAUCACGGCAGUGUUCGAAUAGAAGAUGUUGAUGUUCGCAUAUGUUCGGACGUGAGGUCUGGCUGUGAUGCUUUGACAGGUGUUUUGAUCAGUGGCCUUUCGGGUGUCAUGAUGGCAUCCUUUUCCACGUGGGCACUGUAUCAACGCCGUGGGCUGUCUGCUGUAUUUCUGCCCUACAUCUACAGCUUCAUCAUCGUUCCCCUUAGUUACAGGCUUACCAGCCCCGAUUGGAGUGUCUCAAGACUUGUCCAGAAGGCCAAUGCAGCCUAUCAGCAGGCCUUGACGCGAGUUGAGCAGGCGGGUGAAAGCCCGCCUUUGAUCGCCUGA